CGGGGAGAGAGGGAGGAGCCAGCCUCUUAAGCACUUUCCUCCAUGACUGUACCACAGAGAGAGAGAGAUGCAGGGAGGAGAGAGGGAGCCAGUGAACAAGAGAGCAGUCAGAGUGAGCAAGUAGUAAAGCAAGCCUGAUGCACGCAGAGUGAACAGCAAGGAGGAAAACAGGGAGAAAAAGACACUCAGCAGUGGAGACUGAAGACGAAUUCAGAGAAAGAAAGGAGAAACAAGAAGACUCAGACUGAGGGAAGAGCAGCUGAGGGAGGAAGCUACAGUGUCUCAAGUCCACACACUCUUUGUAUCUCAACUGUUAAUUCUGCCUCAGCGUCAGCAUCUCACAAGAAGACAUCAGUAUACUCAUCUGCAACAAUGACUUCCUGGCUGCUGCUUCUUCUUCUCUGUUGCUUUGCCAGCGUGGGGAGCUCUGCUGUGUUCACCCAACAACCUACAGACUUGAUGGUGGUGUCAGGCCAGCCGGUCACCCUGCCCUGCUCCAUCCCUGGCUACCAUGGCAUGGUGCUCUGGCUGCGUGAUGGCAUGGCCCUGGGUGUUAACAGGGAUCUGUCAGGUUACCCACGAUAUGACAUUGUUGGAGACCACAGAAAAGGAGAAUAUCACCUCUUGAUCCAGAGAACAGAGAUUCAAGAUGACGCUUUCUUUGAGUGCCAGGCCAUCCAGGCGGCUAUCAGAUCACGACCCGCCCGUCUCACUGUGCUUGUUCCUCCUGAUGACCCGGUGAUAGUGGGAACCCCGGUGGUGAGUUUACGGGCUGGUGACCACCUCAACCUCACAUGUCACGCAGACAACGCCAAACCUGCUGCGUCCAUUAACUGGAUUCGCAACGGUAUAGUCCUGAGUGGAGCCAUGUACUCAAAGACCUUGUUGCGGGAUGGUAAGAGGGAGAGCACAGUCAGCACACUCUACCUGUCUCCCUUCAACAUUGAGUCAGGUCAGCAGAUCACCUGUCGAGCUUCAAACAAAGCAGCCCCCCAUGGAAAAGAUGCUACUGUCACAAUCGAUAUUCAGCACCUGCCCAUUGUCAACCUCACCGUGGAGCCGCAGCCUAUUCUGGAGGGAAACGUGGUCAAAUUCCACUGCGCCGCCAAAGCCAACCCACCUGUCAUCUAUUACAGGUGGGCCAAAGGAGGUAGUUUGAUUACAGACGUGUCUGGUGACACCUAUGAGGUUCUUGUGGAUCACUCUUUCUUCACUGAGCCUGUUUCCUGUGAGGUCACCAAUGCACUGGGCAACAUCAACAUCAGCAGAAAUGUGGAUGUCUACUUUGGGCCAAGGAUGGCGGCAGAGCCACAGUCUCUGCAGGUGGACCUGGGAUCUGAUGCCGUUUUCAGCUGUGCUUGGACAGGAAACCCCUCUCUAACCAUUGUGUGGAUGAAACGUGGCUCAGGAGUGGUGCUUAGCAACAAGAACACUCUGACACUGAAAGCAGUAAAACAGGAGGAUGCUGGGAAGUAUGUAUGUCGGGCUGUAGUCCCCAGAGUGGGCGCCGGGGAGAAGGAGGUGUCGCUCACUGUGAAUGGUCCUCCCACUAUCUCUAGCACCCAGACCCAGCAGGUGCUCUACGGAGAGAAGGGUCAGAUCAAGUGCUUCAUCCGCAGCACCCCUCCUCCAGACCGCAUUGCCUGGUCCUGGAAGGAGACAGUUUUAGAGUCAGGGACAUCUGGACGCUACACUGUGGAGACGGUCAGUACUGCGGAGGGGGUGAUCUCCACGCUGACCAUGAGUAACAUUGUCCCUGCUGAUUUCCAGACUAUCUACAACUGCACGGCAUGGAACAGCUUCGGCUCUGACACUGAGAUUAUACGGCUCAAAGAGCAAGAGACUCUGCGACUGACUGUCAUCAUCGGUGUGUCAGUGGGAGCCUUCUUAGCCCUCUCCAUCCUCCUGGGAACGUUAGGUGCUUUCUGCUGCACCAGAUUCCAGAGAAAGGAUGUCCAUCUAGUCAUGUCUUCUCUUCCUGUGUCCCUUUCAUGCCAGAGAGAUGUGAAAACAGAGAAUCUCAAAGGAGUGGUUUCAGCAAAAAAUGACAUUCGGGUGGAGAUUGUCCACAAGGAUCACAAUGCAGCACGGGACAGCGAGGAGCAUACGUGCAUCAAACAGAUGAUGAUUGAAUGUGGUGAGUUCCAGCAGGAGCCUGUGCUGAAGCAGCUAGAGGUGCUCCAGGAAGAAGAGAAGGAGUUCCAGCACAUCCAGGACCCCACCAACGGCUACUACAGUGUCAACACCUUCAAUAAGCACCACACCACCCCCACCAUGUCCCUGGCCCCCAGCCAGACGCCCAACAUAGUCCGAAGCCCACCUGCUGAAACUAUGACUAUGGGCAAGCAGCGGGUGCCGACUGGCAUGUCCUUCACCAACAUCUACAACACCCUGGGAUCCGGCCCCAACCGCCUGUGCGACUACACUCAGCGCUUCAUCCUGGGAAUGGGCAGCAGCUCCAUCGAACUGUGUGAGCGGGAAUUUCAGAGGAGCUCACUUAGCGACUCCAGCUCCUUCAUCGACACGCAAUGUGACAGCAGCGUCAGCAGCUAUAGCAAGCAGGACGGCUACGUGCAGUUCGACAAGGACAGCAAGACCUCGGCUUCGUCCUCCUCCCAGAACUCAGACCUCACCAGGCCUCAGCAGAAACGCAUGCAGACCCACGUCUAACAGCUUGUGGGGCCUUGACUGGGAUAACAAGAAUGGAAGAGAUGUUCCAAACUGCCAUCUUACCCACACAGAUGAGAUGUUUUUUGAGUGCUUGAUUGGUAUUCCAACAGAGGGCCAAUGUUUGAAGCUAUACACUAAAGACUUCUUAAUCAUGAGCCAACCUAAAAAAGAUAAUUAAAAAAGAUAAUUUGUCUGCUUUAAUGGCUAUUUUUUUGAGAACUGUGAGAAUUCCUUUGCUGGCGUAUGCUUUCCUCAUGAACUGAUCACAGAAUGCAUGGAGAAAUGGACGUGCCAUUUUGCGCAAUACACACAAAGGCAACUUUCAGAUGCUUUUCAGUCACCUGCUGCAUUCUGAAGGUAUAUUUUUCCAUUUCCCUCCUGAAAGGACCUUACGAUGUUUACAAGUGUAACGCAAGGUUAUUGAGAUAUGUACUUUUCCCAUUUAAUAUGAGACACUUGCAGCUUGUGUGCAUACUGUAUUUCUAGGAAGCACUUUCUAGCUGCCAGAGCAGGUUUCCAAUUUCCAUAUUUAGAAAUAUGGUGAAAGUCAUCGUGUUGUUUACACUAAAGCUCUGUAAAACCCAACAUUUUGUGUGCUGUGAUUUGACUACUGAAUGACAAGGAGUAGAGAUGAAAUGAAAUUCUUGCUGUCUAAUAUUGCUGAUCUUCUGGGGACUUUGAUGCCCACUGUUUUAAGUGAGCCCAAAUGAUAGCGCUGGAGACAAAAUGCUAUCAUUAGUUUGAAGCCUGACAAUUAGACUGCUGCACUCAAAAAGAAUGACUAAAGGAAGGAUGAGCAAACAGAUGUACUACCACAAUUUUCAGUUUUAGUACUUUUAUGAGGAAAUUAAAGUCAGCCUAUCUGAAAUGAUUGAGUGCCUGGGGUGGUUUAAUAGGUCAGUCAAAGCAGCCACACAAUAAAAUAAUGCUGCAACAAGCGUUUCAGACAAGUCCAGUGUGAUACAGCCGAGGAACACAAAUAAUAAGCCUAAAGAUUGUCAGGAAGGGAUGUGAAUGGAGUAAAGAAAGCACACAGUGGUACACAAAAGAAGUUUUUUCUUGCCACUGUCGCCAAAUGCUUGCUCAUGGUGGGAUUUGUUGGGUUUCUUUAAUUAAUAUUAUAAAGAGUACGGUCUAGACCUGCUCUAUAGGAAAAGUGCAAUGAGAUAACUUCUGUUAUGAAUUGGCGCUAUAUAAAUAAAUAAAUAAGUAAAAAUAAAAUGUACACUGCAUAGCUACUCAUGUUCAAGAAAUGACUGAUACUCAACAAUAACUGAAUAGCAUGGGUUGAUGUACUGUCAUAACUAAGCACUUACAGAUGUUUUAGGCACACUCUUACUGUGUAGUAAAAUUAAUCUCAUCACUGUCAUGUUUGGCAAUCCUACCUUACAUUUGAGGAUUUCUGUUGUGAACGUUACUGUACAGAAAGAAAGAUGUUGUGCAAACAUUGUGUUUUGAUUAAAGAAAAAAACUACAAUCUACCUCAA